AUGACAAAAAGAUAUUGGAACAUCGAUUUGGAAGAGAUGAUGAAGGCCGGAGUUCAUUUUGGACAUGGUACUAGGAAAUGGAAUCCUAAAAUGGCCCCUUAUAUUUCUGCAAAGCGUAAAGGUAUUCAUAUUAUAAAUCUUACUAGAACCGCUCGUUUUUUAUCAGAAGCUUGUGAUUUGGUUUUUGAUGCAGCAAGUAGGGGAAAACAAUUCUUAAUCGUUGGCACGAAAAAUAAAGCAGCUGACCUAGUAGCAUGGGCUGCAAUAAGGGCUCGGUGUCAUUAUGUUAAUAAAAAAUGGCUCGGCGGUAUGUUAACGAAUUGGUCCACUACAGAAACGAGACUUCAUAAGUUUAGAGACUUGAGAACAGAACAAAAAACAGGGAGACUUCGUCGUCUUCCGAAAAGAGAUGCGGCCGUGUUGAAAAGACAAUUAUCUCACUUGCAAACAUAUCUGGGCGGGAUUAAAUAUAUGACGGGGUUACCAGAUAUUGUAAUCAUCAUUGAUCAACACGAAGAAUAUACGGCACUUCAAGAAUGUAUCACUUUGGGAAUUCCAACAAUUUCUUUAAUCGAUACAAAUUGUGACCCCGAUCUUGCAGAUAUUUCGAUUCCAGCCAAUGAUGACGCUAUAUCUUCAAUCCGAUUAAUUCUUAACAAAUUAGUAUUCGCAAUUCGUGAAGGGCGUUCUAGCUAUAUAAGAAAUCCGUGA